CCAGAUGAUGCAUGAUUACGCUGCUAUAGUUUUAAGAUUGCCCAUGGAGGCAGAUCUACCACAGAGAUGAAGAACAACUACCGGAAGUGGAUCCACCUGUGACAGACAUGACCUGGCGUUACCCUCAGCGUGCCUUGUCUCUCUGCCGCGACAGCAGGGUGGUGGAAUUGCAGGAGCACCAGGCCGUCUUCUUGUCUGCAUCACAGCCUCUGCCCCGCCAUUAACUCAGACGCGCCAAACAAUGACUUCAGCCGUUGCGUUGCGCACUCCCAAUUAUCGUACUCUUGGAUUGCCUCCACUCUCUCCUUACGCUCCUGUGUGUUAUGAGAAACUGGGAGAGGCAGUUAACUGGGGGAGAAAGUUCACAAGAGGGUACGUUUCCUGACUCCAGGGGGCAGAGAGCGGCAAGAGAUAUCAAAUGCUAUUGGUAAUCCAACUUCCCAUUCUGGGUGGGAGGAGGGGCGAAGCAGAGCACUUUAAAAGAGUAUGAGGAAGUGGACCUGUGAUGUCACUGUGCAGUAGCCUUCAGCUAAAGUCAAUUUCUUCUCUAGCCACCUCCAAGUUAAAAGGAAGAGCACCCUGAGGUGAAAGGAGGAGGACAGCAAUGAAAGGGCUUCAGCUGUUCGUUUGCAGUUCAGUUCUGGUGACUGCUUAUGCCCUCACUGUGGAAACACCUAUCAAGAAAGUAGAGGUUGCACGAGGGAACAAUGCUACUCUCCGUUGUAAUUUUAAUACUAAUAUGGUCACCAGCUCAGGAGAUUUUGUUGUCUGGAAGAAAAUCAUUAGUGCGGAUGAUGCUGUCACUAGGUAUUUUGAUGGACUUGUACAGUAUGGCAAGGGGUAUGAGAACCGAAUACAGUUUACUGGUGAUGUCAACAGUGGAGACAUCAGCAUCACCAUCAAUGCAGUAACCAUGGAAGACAAUGGGACAUACAUAUGCAGCGUCCGUCUACGGAAUGACCCCCCCCGGCAGUCUGCACUCACAAGUCUUUACGUCCUCAUUGCACCAUCCAAGCCGGAAUGCAAGAUUGUGGGCACAGCAGAAUAUGGACAGACUAUCAAUCUAACCUGCUUUUCUCAUGAGGGCUCCCCAAAACCCACAUAUACCUGGCAAAGCUUCAACGUACAAAACGAGCCCCGUGUACUACAAACAACAAAUGGAGAGCAAAUAACUCUGAAGAACAUCUCAGCAGACACCUCCGGCUUUUACAUCUGCACUUCAACAAACAGCGUGGGAAAGGAAUUUUGCAACAUGACAGUCAGCGUUGUCCCACCAUCCAUGAACAUUGCCCUUUAUGCAGGCAUUGCUGGAGGAGUUCUUGCUGCAAUUGUAGUUAUUGGUAUUCUAGCCUACUGCUGCUGCUGUCGAGAUAACAAGGACUAUGAGGAGACGGCAAGAGAAGAUGAAGACGAACACACGCAGAACAUACCUAUGGACACUCAGAGAGCAAAAGAUGCUUCUGAAGAUGAAUGAAGCAGGAAGCCAAUGCCAUCUUCAGGUUUUGCCGAGGAACAGACACUACCGUAGAAAAGAAAGCCUAAAAGAAAAGAAAUACCUAUCUCUUGUCACAAGAAGUAUUUAGAAUAACCAAGUAAAAGCUAAUGGCUCUGUCUUGUAGUUUCUGAGGGGGGAUAAUAUUCUUGUUACCCUGAAAAAUGUGCUUAACAUGCAACGGGUAUUAAUAUUUAACCUUACAGUAGAAAAAUGCAUGUGAAGUGCUGUUCCACCCACUCAUCCAAAAAUAACCAGUCUUCUCACCAUCCCACUUACUGUAAAGGAAGCCAGACAAGUCUAUUUGGAGAAAAGAGUUGCAAAUAUAUCCCUAGAUCCACAGAAGAUUUCAAGGGCACUGAUUCUAAGUUGUCAAGGAAGGGUGGUCACGCUUAUGGUGCUAUGCAAUGCUUGCAGCAUUCUCCAGUACAGAAAUUAUUUCAGCAAGAUCAAGGCAAGAUUAAAGCAAGAUUUUUAUGGACAUUUUAUUAGAUAUAUUUUUGUAUGUAUUGCACAAGGUACGUAAGAAUAAAAAUAUGGAAAAAAAAACAAGA